AUGCAUAUCAUAAAGCCAUCCUGGCUAAGCCAUAGCGGCGAACAAAAGGAUUUCGAGGUGUACAGCUGCCACGUUUCUCCCGAUGGCAAGCGAUUGGCGACGGCCGGCGGCGAUGGCCAUGUGAGGAUUUGGUCCACGGAGGCCAUCUACAACGCCAGCGACGCGACCUACAAAAAGCCGCGACAGCUCUGUCAUAUGAGCCAUCACCUGGGCACGAUUCACUCGGUUAGAUUUUCGCCAAACGGGAGGUACCUUGCCUCCGGAGCAGAUGACAAGAUAAUAUGUGUCUACUACCUGGAUAAGGGCCCCCCAACGACGACCUUUGGAUCAUCCGAGCCACCUCCCGUCGAGAACUGGAAAACACAUAAGCGCCUAAUUGGACACGAAAACGACGUACAGGACCUCGCCUGGUCUCCCGAUUCCUCGAUUUUGGUAUCAGUCGGCUUAGAUUCGAAGAUCGUUGUGUGGUCUGGCCAUACUUUCGAGAAGCUAAAGACCAUCCUCUCGCACCAGAGCCACGUCAAAGGCAUUACUUUCGAUCCGGCAAACAAGUACUUCGCGACAGCAAGCGACGACCGAUCCCUCAAAGUCUUCCGUUUCACGCCCCCUGCCCCAAACGCCACUCAACACGACAUGAUUAACAACUUUGUGUUGGAGACGACCAUAAACGCGCCGUUCAAGAGCUCUCCUUUAACAACCUACUUUCGACGAUGUUCCUGGUCACCCGACGGAAACCACAUUGCUGCCGCGAACGCCGUGAACGGACCCGUGAGCUCCGUCGCGAUUAUCGAGCGUGGUCAGUGGGAUAGCGAGAUCAAUCUAAUUGGCCACGAAGCUCCGACAGAGGUUUGCCUCUUUUCUCCUCGCCUGUUUCAUACACAGAACCCGGCGGACGGACAAGGGGGCAAUCUUGUGACCGUGAUCGCAUCCGCUGGCCAAGACAAGACCCUCUGUAUUUGGAACACAAACACGUCACGGCCCGUAGUGAUCUUCCAGGACUUGGCAGCGAAAUCGGUGGUCGAUUUGGCUUGGGCGCCGGACGGCCAAACAAUAUUUGCCGUAAGUCUAGACGGUGCCAUCAUAGCCGUCAAGUUCGUAGUCGGUGAGCUAGGUUGGCCAGCGACAGCGGAAGAAAACGACAAAGCUCUGCAAAGGUUCGGGGGCUCGAGGAAAGGUAUGGGUAUUGCGGAGGAUGUCGAUGGCCUAAAACUGGAAAGCCAUAGCAAGGCCGGCGAGUCUCGAGCAGCGGAAUCACGAAUGGGCGCUCUCAUGGGUGAUCUGCAGCCUUCUGCUAAAGACCAAACCUCCAAGGCGGCAAGCGGAACUAAACCCUCCACCGGUAAAAAUGCAGCAGCGACCAAUGGCCACGUCGAAGGCGAAAAAGACAAGGAAAAGGAGAAGGAGAAGGAGAAAGAGAAGGAUAAGGCGGCCGAGGAGUCGGCCGAAAAGACUGCAGAGAGAGUCAAGGAACUCAAAUCCAGAGUAACAAUCGGGAAGGACGGCAAAAAGAGGGUGGCUCCGCUCUUGGUCUCGUCCUCGGGGACAGGACACUCUUCUUUGCCGCAGACUCAGCUUGUUGGCUCAACCACCAAAAAAGCAGCCCAGACUGAAGCGCCACAGACGAUUAUAGAUAUCGCGAAGCCUUUUGAAGGCCUACCGAAGGGUGGCAUUGCGACGCUUUUGCUUGGCAACAAGCGGAAGGUUGCGGCCGCCGAGGUGGACGAGGAUGAGGAGCCAGUAGCUAAGAAGCCGUCCGGAGGGCCGACACCGAUUCUUGCAGACGGCGGUCUCGACGGUGUUGAACCUGCGGCGUUGACAGCGGCCGCAACUGGCACUAUCCCAACUCCCGAAUAUCUCCGGCCUGCGGUCCUUAACCCUUCUAUCGCCUUUUCAAAGUUGAGACUAGGAGUUCCCAGUGUCCGGACACAUAUCUUACGGCCGCUUGAAAAGGGCGUUCUUUUGUCAGAGAGCACACUCGAGGAGGCUUCGAGGAUCCCCGAAAACAUCAUUUUUGAGGCACGCAACCCCUCGCUUGCUAGGGAUCCAGCGAGGAUAUCUACGUCAAAGCGCGGCGCACUCAUCUGGCAGGACUUCCUUCCGCGAGCCGUCCUUCUGGUGACGGGAAAUCGAAAUUUCUGGGCCGCAGCGUGCGAAGACGGCAGCUUGUACGUCUGGACACCGGCGGGAAGGAGAUUAUUCGGUGCCAUUGUUCUUGAGUCACAACCGGUCAUUCUCGAAUGCCGAGAUCACUGGCUUCUUUGUGUCACGGCAAUUGGUCUCUGCUAUGUCUGGGACAUUCGAACUCAAUCCUCGCCACACCCCCCCGUCUCUCUUGGCCCCGUCCUAGAGCUUGCAUGUACAUCACUUAGUGUACACUCUCCCUCCCCUGGCCCUGGUAUUACCGCCGCCACCCUCAAUUCUGCCGGAAACAUUGUCGUGACUCUCACCAAUGGAGACGGCUACUUCUACGCGCGAGACAUGUACGUUUGGCAACGCCUGAGCGAAGCCUGGUGGGCCGUCGGUUCCCAGUACUGGAACAGCACCGACUCAUCCAUCAGCGCUCUACAAUCCACCGCCGUCGGCGCUGUCACGCCCAACCCGAAGGACGGCAGCACGGCAAACGUAUCAGGCGGCAUCCUGCCCUUCCUCGAGAGGCACACCACGAACGAGUUCCUGCUACGCGGCCGCGCGUACAACCUGCAACGCAUCGUUAAGAUGGUGCUUGCAAAGGAUGGAUUCGAGGGAUUCGAGUCGAGCGUGAGCAUCGCGCAUCUUGAGAAUCGUAUGGCGGGCGCGUUGCAGCUUGGUGCGCAGGACGAGUUCCGGUUGUAUCUGUUCAUGUACGCCAAGAGGAUAGGCGCGGAGGGUCUCAGGGAGAAGGUGGAGGAGCUCCUCAACUCUCUCCUUGGCGGAGUUCUUCGCGACAAGGUCCCGCGCAGGGGUGGUAAGGAGGAUGGCAGGGGCUGGUUCAGCGCCGAGGGUGAGAUUUGUGGAUGGGACCGCAAGGAGCUCCUCAAAGGGGUCGUAAUGAUUCUGGGUAAAUUCCGAGAGCUCCAGCGGUUGACAGUCCAGUACGCGAGGGCACUUGAUAUUACGCCGCAGGAUGAAGACGAUGAUGAAAUGUCGGUCGAGUAG